CUGCAGAAAACAAGUACACGCCAAGUUGAUAGUCCCAAUACCAGGCCGCCUGAAAGAACUGUUGCGUAACGCCCCCGGUCAAAAGCCCACUCUGCGCCACGCCGGUAAUCAAACAAUGCCCCGAGCCUCCUCGGUGGCCGCCAUCACCCUGUAAUCCCAAAACGCCGUGCGGAAGUGCAAUAUUGUAGUUGUACAAGUGCAGAUUGCUCUGCAGCCAGGCCAGUCUCGCGAGGAGAUUGACCAUGUUUCUAGAUGUUGCUGAACCCAUGGACGUCCGUUGUCCUUUCCUCCAACGCCGAUGUGCUCGCACUAUGCUGAUAGGAAGCUUUGAUGGAAAUGGGGCUCGGUUGGUAGUAAUACAUCGAAUGUCGAAUGCGGCGUCGAAGGAGGAUAUUGUUACAUGAGGUUGGAUGCUGAUCGAUGUGGAGUGUCGUCGAUAGAGGGCGCCGUAGAUCGACUCGUGCUAUCGCUUCUUGCGAGGAGGUUGCGCAGGAGGUGCAGGUUUGGGGCGGCCCGUGGUGUCUACCACGUUGAUGAUCAGUGUAUGCGCGUAGUGCACGCUCGGCUGCAACUUACCAUAUGCGCCUCGUCCCAUGUUUAUGGCGACGUUGUCUUCUCGGACAAUCAUGGACGGAGUGUGUCUGAGAGCGUCGGCGCUGCCCUUGCAGCGACUUUGCGAUGUGACUUGUUAUCGAACCGCCUGCGCGGGACGAUCUGCGAGAUUUGGGGGGCGCGCCGCGACGGCGGGAACGGGGCGAGAAGCGGGACUUGUCAGGGCGGCUUGUGGAAUGUUGGAGCGGAGGCAAUGAUGGGCGCGGGUGGGAAUGAUGAGGGCUGUCGUUGUCGUGGAGCGCUCAUUAAAAGCUGCGCCCGUUGCUGGAGAGAGGAGAGAGAGAGUAGGGAGCGACGAGAGAACGAGGUCUCGGAACAAAGAAGCGAAAGCAGAAAAGGAAAAAGAGACAGAAGCGAGACAAGUGACAACAAGAAAGAGAGAGAAGCGAGCGAUGGCAGCAACGGAGAAAUAUCAAGCUCGCAAUCGAUCAACGCACAACCCCCUGGACACAUGAGUCUUGUAGGCAACUUUUUUUGGAAUGCGUCCGGGGGGCGCAUCUUCCGCACUGACGUAGAACGGGGGAGGCCGGGCAGGUGUGAAACUGCCAAACGGGGAUGCGUUGCAGGCGACCGAUCGGACGAAUCCCCCUUUCCCGGCGAGGCAACAACGAGACGCAGGCCUGCGAACGGGGCGGCGCGCGCGACACGCGAGAGGUCAAUUUGCAGAUCGCCUGGCUGGCGGGCGGAUUGUGCAUCCGCGACGUCGGAUCCGGGCUAAUUGGGACGGGCUAAUGCAGGAACGGUUGACCCUGGCGAGGAUGGCG